AUGCAACUCAUCACUUUCCUCUCCUUGGCCGCCACAGCCACGGCGGCUGCCAGCUCGCAUCUCACCAAGAGAUGCUCGCCAAUGUACGACCCCGAACUGGCACUCGGAUACCUCCCUCCUGCUCCCUGCUGGCAGACCUUUGACCCCGCCUGCCAGCCCCAGCUCAAGAAUCCAAUGACACUCAUCGCCAAUUACAAAAUGGCCGUUAUCCACGAGCUGAGCAGCAGUUGCGUUGGCGAGAUCGAGGAGGAGCUGGCUCGCGAAGCUGCUGGACGCAAAAACAACAACUGGACCAGGACGCAGGGCAAUCUCCACCUCAUUGGAGAUGGAACGCUCGUCAUCUCCAACAUGAGCGAUGCUGCUGUGGCGAGAUAUGCCGGGCUGCGAUAUCCUGGUGUAGGCCCUAGCGGCCCCAGCGGCAUCAGCACCAUAGCUGUGCCAACAGCGACGACAAUCUAG